UUCGAGCUAAACAUUUCUUUGUUUACGUACAAAUUCAUAAUAAAAAAAAUUAUGAGUCAUUUAAUUUGAUACCAUAUAUUUCGAUGAUACAGUUAUAGGAGCGUUGCAUUAGUUGCUAGUUUUAUACAGAACUUAGGUACUGCUACAUUUAUAACGGUGUUAUGAUUUUAGCCUAAAUGAUGGCACUGCCUGUGGAAGAAAGUUCAAUGUUAAAUGAUGAUAUAGAAAAUGAUGUCACAAGCAGUCACAGAAACCUAGUUGUUAACGAAAGAGUUGAAGAGACAACAGGAUGGAUCAAAUGUCGAACAGUAUUGGGUAUCAUGGGCUUUUUUGGCUUUGCCAAUGUAUAUGCUAUGAGGGUAAAUCUCUCUGUAGCCAUUGUAGCAAUGAUAAAUUCAACAGUACCACUACCUUCAAAUGACUCCACAUUAGAUGUAUGCCCAUCUACUGGACCCAGUAAUACAACAAUACCAACAAAACAAGGUGAUUUCAAUUGGACUGCAGAACAACAAAGUAUAAUAUUAGGAUCAUUUUUUUAUGGAUAUGUUUUGACACAGAUUCCAGGAGGACGAAUAGCAGAAAUAUACGGUGGUAAACUCGUUUACGGCGUCGGUGUUUUAUUGACGGCAGUUUUCACAUUACUCAGCCCAAUAGCCGCGUACACAGACUUUAAGUUGUUCAUUGCUGUGCGCGUUCUUGAAGGUUUGGGCGAAGGUGUAACUUACCCCGCCAUGCAUGCAAUGCUUGCGCGAUGGAUACCACCCUUGGAGAGGUCAAAGUUUGCGGCUUAUGUUUAUGCAGGCUCAAACAUAGGCACGGUAAUAUCAUUGCCGAUAUCAGGUUGGCUUUGCACACUGGAGUUUGGAGGAGGCUGGCCUCUCUGUUUCUAUUUGUUUGGAGGGCUGGGUGUGGUUUGGUUCAUUGCGUGGAUCUUCUUGAUAUACGACACGCCUCAAAGACAUCCAAGGAUAUGUCCUAAAGAAAUUGAAUUCAUCACUCAAACGAUUGGGCCGCAGGACGAAGAGACUUCAAUAUCAAUACCGUGGUGCAAGUUUCUCACUUGCCUUCCUCUGUGGGCGAUUCUGAUUGCCCAGUGCGGCCAGUCGUGGCUGUUUUACACGCAACUCACGGAAUUGCCGACAUACAUGAACAAUAUACUGCACUUUGAUAUUGUUUCCAACGCGCGACUAUCCGCGUUGCCAUACCUCACAGCGUGGGUGGCGGGAAUUUUGAUCAGUAUUUUUGCUGACUGGUUACUCGCGAAAGGCUGGAUUUCUCGGUUGAACAGUAUGAAACUAUGGAACACUGUUGCGGCGUUUAUGCCUGCAUUUGGGCUCCUGGGGAUCGCAUGGGCGGGCUGCGACCGCAUAGCUGUUAUGGUGCUGCUUUCCGUCACUUCAGCCUUUGGUGGCGCCGCCUACGCGGGUAACCAGAUGAACCAUAUCGACUUAUCGCCGCAGUUCGCGGGCACAAUGUACGGCAUCACGAACGCCGCUAGCAACAUCUGCGGGUUUAUGGCGCCCUACGUUAUAGGCCUCAUCAUUAGUGAUACGCAGCAAACCUUGGGGCAAUGGCGGGAGGUGUUCUACUUGGCUGCCGCUAUCGACCUUGGCGCUAAUCUCUUCUACUUAUUCUUUGCUAGCACAGAGGAACAGGACUGGUCUCGUCCAGAGAUCGACGACAUGACUAUCUCGGCUCCCGUGGAAAGCCUCCUCUUCCCAGAGUCGUAGGGCUCGGCCUCUUGCGGUGCUGACACCGCUCUCUAGACUAAGGCCUGGACUGAGUACACUGUACAAAUGUGCAACGUGCUUUAUUCCAUUGUGAUACGUAUUCCUCUUUUGUUAUUUGUUCGCGGUCAGAUGUUAAAUCAAUUUAAUAUUAAUGACGUCAUUAUACCAGUAUAGAAAUAAAUAUGAUACCUUCGAUCAAAAAUGUACUUGAUAUGCGGUCUGGCAUGAAAUCUAGCAGAAGUCACAGGUUUCAUAUUUUAUUGAUUACUUUCUAACUAUUCUUAAUAUGUAAACAAUAUUUUCAUUACUUUAU